GAAGUGUUUGACAGAUUCUGCAGAGGAAUUAACCAAGUUGAAGGGUUGAUGAAGAAUAAAGGCCAACAAUACAUGUGGAACGAACACCUUGGAUACAUCUUGACGUGCCCUAGCAACCUUGGCACAGGACUUAGAGCAGGCGUCCACAUCAAACUGCCUUUGCUAGGAAAGCACCCUGCCUUCCCGAAGGUUCUUAACAGACUUCGUCUUCAAAAACGUGGAACAGGUGGAGUCGAUACCGCUGCCGAGGGAGGAAUAUUUGAUAUUUCUAACAGCGAUAGACUGGGAUUUUCCGAGGUGCAACUGGUCCAGAAAGUAAUUGACGGCGUCAACCUUUUGAUUCAAAUGGAGAUAAGACUGGAACGAGGCCGUGCUAUUGAUGACCUGGUUCCUACCAAAUGAUUGGUUCUUAUGUGAUAUACGUAGUGCAACCGUUAUUCUGUAAACCUCCAAUGGGAAGACUGGAAAUAUUUUAUUUGAAUUCCUGUUUGAAUCAAUUAAACUGUUCCAUGUAACACAAAUGGCGUGUUGUAUAACCUUUU